CGGACUGUCGGCCGAGCAACCCGGGGAGGGGAUCGUCCCGGCGCCGCCAUGGAGAGCUCGGGCGCAGGGACGGACCGGCAGCUGGCUCAGCUUGUGGAAGACUUGACCACCUCUGGGGAACCACAGCUGGAUCCAAAGAAGAUGAAAGCGCUGAAGAACAUCUGCAGGUGCUCUGAUGAACACAUAAACCACGUUUACCACCUGCUGAUGUCCCAGUUAAACCAAGAACACGCCGAGAUACGUCUUUCCGCCUUCCAGAUAGUGGACCAGCUCUUCGCUCGCUCGCAUCUGUUCCGGACGUUGCUUGUCUCCAACUUCCAAGAAUUCCUGGAACUGACAGUGGAAACAGACUACGACCGGCCUCUCCCUCCGCCAACGGAGGCAGCCCAGAAGCUGAAAAAGGCUGCCAUCCAGUCUGUGCAAGAAUGGCACGAGAAGUAUGGAGAAGCCUACAAGAAACUUUCUCUGGGAUACCACUUCUUAAAACAGAACAAGAAGGUCGAUUUUCAAGAUGUACAUGCCAGGACUCUAGCAGAAAGGAAACGAGAUGAAGAGAGGCAGAAACGAUUGGAUAAUAUUUACAAGGAUAAAGCCCAAAAAGCAGAAAAGGAAAUGAAAGAUACGUCUGAAGAGAUGCAGUCUGUGCUGACCGAGCUGGACAGCUGUUUCCAGCUGCUGGUUCCGGAUCCUUUGGACUUCACAAACGGCACCUGUUCCUCGGCGCAGGUAGCAAACCAACCAGGAUCCUCCAUGGAUCAGGAUCAGCAACCUUGUUGUAGCAAGGACCUCCCCCGCGUUUCUCCGGUGGCAGAAGACUCCGACAGGGAAACGGAGAAGGACCGAGGACCGGGAGAUCCCUUCCAGCCUGGAUCCGCUUCUCUUGGCCUGAUGGGAGACGAUGAUCCCGCCCUGUUUCUUCGAAGCCACGGACUCGGCUCUUACAAAUAUGCGCUCAGUCUGGAAGUAUCUUCAGAUGUGAAACUGAGCGAGAAUGAAGACAAUGCAGCCAUCAUAAAUAACCUUUCGGAUAGUUUUAAGCUCAUAACAAAUAAAUUUUUGCCAUUGGUGCAGUCUUGGAUUCAGUUAUUCACCAGGGCUGGGAUAAGCGAUGAUCGGCUCAGACAAGCCAUUGACCUCAAAAAUAAAUUGGAGGCUGCUUUGGAGAAGACUAAAAAAAUGGACAUUGAUUUUCAAGAGAAGAAAACAUGG